CCAAGAUGUCUGCUUCCAUAAACAGUAUGAAAUCCUCUCAUACCACAAUGAGGCCAUGUUUGUGACAUUUGUCGAUACCAUGAAUGACUGAAGUGAGCUGAGCAGAUGGAAUGAAAGCUCUGAAAAUAAAUCUACAGUGAAAUUUGAACAAUCAACAUGAGGCUAACAUACAGAUAUUUUUGCUACGGUUCCAUGUUUGCCUCAAUUUCAUGGCUAAUCAUGAUCAUGGCCUACUUUCAUUACGAUUUUCACGAUUGGUCACCGUCAAAAUAUAUCCCAGAUGAAGGAUUCUCCAGAAGAGGGGGCCAUCCAAAAUUUCAGCCUCGUAAUCGGGAGAUCAUCCAUUAUGAUAUAGAUGAAGAUGCGCCAAAGACCGAAGAAGAUAAAAAAGCCGAGAUUGGUAUUAUACGUGACCCCAAAGACCAGAGGAUAAGAAGUGAAGGUUACCAUCAGUAUGCGUUUAAUCAGCUGAUAAGUGAUCGUAUUGGUUUCCAUAGAGAUGUUCCAGACACCAGGAAUCCAAUAUGUAAGCGACAAAUGUACCAAUCUAACACUAUACUACCCAAGGCCAGUAUUGUAAUAUGCUUCUACAAUGAAGCAUGGUCUGCACUGAUGCGAACCGUACAUAGCAUAUUAGACAGGACGCCACUUUAUCUUAUACAUGAGAUUAUCCUGGUAGAUGACUUCAGUGAACUAGAUCACCUGAAAGAAAAACUUCAGGAAUAUGUGGAUGAAAAUCUACCACUUGUGAAGAUAAUACGCAACAAAAAACGUGAAGGUUUAAUCAGAGCUAGGAUUAAUGGAGCCGACCAUGCCACUGGGCAGGUACUCAUUUUCUUAGAUAGUCACUGUGAAGUGAAUACUCAUUGGUUGGAGCCAAUGCUACAUAGAAUACACCAAGAUAAACGUAUAGUUACUGUGCCAAUUAUAGACAUUGUUGACCCCGACACAUUUGAAUAUGAACCAUCACCUCUCGUAAAGGGAGGCUUCAAUUGGGGUAUGCAUUACAGAUGGGACAAUAUACCUAUGGAUCAACUCAAAACUAAAGCAGAUAUGGUCAAACCAAUCAAGUCCCCUACAAUGGCUGGAGGUUUAUUCGCAAUGGAUAGGGAAUAUUUUAACACACUAGGGAAGUAUGAUCCUGGUAUGGAUGUCUGGGGAGGGGAGAAUCUCGAAAUAUCAUUCAGGAUCUGGAUGUGUGGUGGUCAGCUAGAAAUCAUUCCAUGCUCACGUGUAGGUCAUAUCUUCAGAAAGAGGCGUCCCUAUGGCAACCCUACAGGCUUCGACACAAUGACCAGAAACUCAUUGCGUGUCAUACAUGUCUGGCUUGAUGGUUAUAAGAAAUACUAUUUUUCUAGUCGUCCAGAUGCUAGAGUCAAAGACUAUGGAGAUAUAUCCGAGAGAAAAGCGCUGCGGAAGCGCCUUAAGUGCCAAAGUUUCAAGUGGUACCUAGAGAAUGUGUACCCAGAGCAAGUGGUUCCCGAUGAGAAGGGACACGCCCCUCCAUUUGUGGGGGGUUUUGUAGAACACCACAAGCCACAGCCUGUCAGAAGUGGACGUAUGAAGAAUCCACUGACAGACAUGUGUGUUGUGGCGGAGGGACGGCCACAUGUCAAGAAAUCUCUGCUCAAACUGGACAAGUGUGAUCUCAACAAUAAAGACCAGGUCUGGACAGAAUCAGAUGCUCAUGAGCUUGUCCUAGCAGACAUACUAUGCCUAGAUAUUGAUGAUCAUCAAGACAACGAGAUGUUCCCUCGUCUCAUGAAAUGUCAUGGGUCACAUGGCACCCAGGAGUGGAGAUGGACUGGAAAUAGAAAAUCUCGUCUUUACAAUCCUGCUUUGGGGAAGUGUGCAUCUGUAAAUGAAUCUGCCCGUAAAAACUUCAUCACCAUGGAGAUCUGUGACGAUACAUCUGAUAUGACAUUCACAUUCAUGUUGUUAGACUGAAUUUAGGAAAAAUCUGAAAUUCAUAAAUUCUUCACUGCCAGUGCCAACCUGCAAUUGGCUCUAAACCAAAAUCAAGUCAUGAUGUUUACUGCAAGGUAUCAUUUGUGGAUUAUGAGCAAAGAAUGAUACUGGCAGAAUGACACAUUAAAACGGAUUGUGAAAUAUGUUCAAUGGAUUUUACAAUCGACCAACAGGUAAUUGAAGCGAUUACGAAAGUAAUAGGAAAUAGAAUUUCUGAUACGAUUGUAGUGAGUUAUCAGCCAGGAAUGUGAGAAUUAGAGAUUAGAAAUUUAGAAAACUGUAGCAGAUGACGGAAUUAUUGCAGACCCAUUGUUUAUUUGGUUAAGUGAUGAGCCCCAAAAUGAUGUAAUUGAACGGGCAAAGCUACGCUGGAGUUUAUCAAUUGUCCAAACAUCAGCAUAAGUAACAAAUGAUGAUGUUGAACAUCAGCAUUACAACUGUGCAAUAAAAAAUGAACUCAAUCUACUCUAUAUAUGUAGAGAAACAAUUUUCAUUCUUGGUAUGCAUGUAGGCCCACAAUCAGACAUCAGGCUCAUUGUCAAG